AACAAAUGUCUUUUUACCACAUUUACACACGAUUAUCACAUUGUCGCUUUGAAGUUUAGUUUACACUUUUUGGGCGUCUGUUUGAAUUUCAGGUUUGAGUGCAGUUGCACCACGUGACAGCGACGUUACCGGAGCAACGUAUACACUAUCACCUCGACUCGAGCCACGUCGUUUGACGCCUCGACGGGGCUUUUAUGACACUAUAGAUUUACAGGCGUCAUGUUAUAGAUGUAUUUGUCCCAGAUCCAGAGUUUCAGGCUGGCAGCUGUACUUGAGGAGUGCUCAGACCAGCUGGACAUACUGGAACACGCUCUGACCAUCAAGAUCCACAAGGAAUGCUGUACUGAAGAGUCACAGGCCAGAGUGAAAAAGGUGAAACGAGAUUGUCACUAUAUCUCACAGCAGGUGUCCAAGUUACAGGCUGAGCUAGAGGAGAAACAGAGCUUCACCUGCCUGCUGCAGGUCGUGGAUGGACAGGACCAGGAGAAGAAUGCUGAGAGCAACAAAAGAGAGGCAAAGAGGGAGAUGGAGAGGAGAAGACGUACACUUCCAAAACAACAAGCGACGCUCCAACAGAAAGUCGAUCAACUGAAGGAACUGCAAACAUUGUACGAGGAUCUAAACGAUAGGCUGCACCGACUUAUUGAGUCAAAUGCUGCAAGAAAGGAUCUCGAGGACAGAAGCACUGAGCAGCAGCUCCAGAAAACCCAAAAUGAGAUGAGGGAAGCUGAGAAGCGACUUGAAGACAAAGUUGUUCUGCUGAAGGACCAUUUGAAUCUGCAGGAGAGAGUUCAUGAAGAAUCAAAGAUUUUCCUGAAAAAACAAAAUGCGGAGUUACAAGAGCAGCUGCGACAGUGGCAGCAGUGCACUGAACAGAACAUGCAAGAGAAGGAGCAGCAUCUCACCCGCACGCGCUACAAGAGAACCACAAACUUGGAAAAGUUGACCACAAUGCAAAAAAGGCGAGAUGGAGCAGGUGGUGAAGGAGGAAAGGGAAGAGGAGGAGAGACUGCGUCAGCUGGAGGUUAGGAAUAAAGCUGCUCUCAAGGUGCAGUCUUGGUGGCGAGGCUGCAUGGUCCGCAAAGGCUUCGGCAUUUAUCGGAAAGUAGAAGAAAAGAAAAGCAAGAAAAAGAAGGAAGGAAAGAAGAAGAAAUGAGUUGUGUUCACUUAUAUUGGUCCAUUUUCAAAUUAAAAGUAACAUCAAAGAGAACCUCGUGCCGAUUUGUGCUGGUUGUUGUUAAACUUCCAUCAAAAGUAGGAAAAAGUGCUGUAUUUGCAUUUGUGUGUUCCAUCACGGAUCAGAAAGUGAAUUUGCUAAAUAAACUACUUUAUGGCA